GAGUGUAUCUUUACAAAAUACAUCUUGUUAUUUCAAAAUGGAUUGCACAAACUGCUCGCCAACUGAGUCAACAUCCCCGAAGACAACGGUCCCCACAACAUUGUUGAGGGAAAAAGUGCGCGAAUAUACAAAGCGACAUCGCGAGCAAAUCCGUGCAGAUGUUUCCGAUUCCCUGAGGUUCCAACUGGGAGAAAUCAAAGCACGAAUCAAGGAGUUGGAAAAUCUCUCUGAGAAGGAUGUGGCCGGUCUAGCAGCACGCAUUAAGCGCAGGAAACAUGCCACAGAAGAGGACAUGUAUAGACUAUCCCACGCCUUCUUGCAGGAUGCUAAAAAUAUAGAAACAUUCAGUAAAAUUACUGGCGCUCUACAGGUAUUGGUUAAGGAGCUAACUGGUAAUGAUGCAGAGCGUCAAUUGUCUGCAGCGGAGUGCAUAUGCAACCUUUCACUUGGAGAAUCUCCUGUAUGCGAGAAAAUUGCUGCUGCCGCGGGAAGUUAUAUGGUGACCUAUUUCCACAGCAAGGAAUCUCAACUAGUGCGUUUGUGUCUGUGGACUAUAGCCAAUAUUCUUGCAACAGGUGAAAAAGCUUCAUUGACAGUAAUGAGAAUGAAACUGUUACCUCAGUUAUGGAAGAUGUAUUGUGAUGAAGAGAUUGUCGGUGUUGAUUUAGAUUAUAGGAUGGAUACAGCAGUGUGUUUGCAAUUGAUUGCCCUAAAUGCUGAAAAUCUUCUAACCGAGGAAGAUCGACAUUUUCUAUUUGAACAUGUGACUGAUAAAAAUCCCAACAGUGUAGCUGGAGAAUUCCAUCUACAAAUAGUAUUUCUUACAUUGUUUCCAAAUCCGCAAAUGGUAGCUACAUUAGAUGCAGGAGCCAUGCAAUACCUUUUAAACUAUUCCUUAAUUAACAUCAAUAAUACGAAUGAUUUUUCCACUGAAUCCCAACGCCUUAAAUUAUUUUACGCUGUUCGCAUUCUAUGUAAUUUGCUGGUAUUGCAACCUUUACUGUACUCAACAUUAUUGCUGCAGAUUUCAUGUGUAUGGAAGUCUGACAUUAUUGGCCUACUGAAUAAAUUAUUUGCCUUCCACAACGCCGACUUAACUGAUGAGUCGUUAUGGCUUAUGAAAAAUCUUUUGAGAUUAGAAAAAGAGUAUAAAUUGAUGUCCCCAGAUUUAAAUUUGCUAGAUAAUAUACAUAUUUUUGAAAAUAGUACGCCAAUUUUGGAAAACGUAGAAGAUGACGCUAUGAGCAUAAUUGUGUCACCUUAAUUGAUUUGCUGGAACUAUCAUUUGUACAUAUAUGCAUUAUAUUUUUAAAAUAAAAUAGAUUUUUAUGGCGCCCUGGCUGACUAAAAUAACGCCACUGAGCGGGACGAAGUUGAAGACGGUCAAGUGCCUUUUGUGUCAUUACAACACAAUUGCGAGUCGAUACUGGACAAUGAGUUUCUGCAUUCUCUCCAGGCAGUUCUAGAGUUUCGUUAGAGUCUGAAUUGGACAAUGCUCCCAUAGGUGAGAGUAUCACACUGCAUCCCUUCUCUGCCUUUUGCGUUGGUUUUAAAAACAACCUUGUGUUUUACGAUUUACUUUCCUUGAAAAUACUUAUUAUUAUCACGCAAAUGAAGUGUCAAAUUUCAUUAUUUUUUAUCAUCAGAUUUCUUAAAUGAACCCAAGUUUUAACAACAAAUAAAUAAUUUCACAAUUACAAUUUUAAAAGCAAAAUUGAAAGGGAAACUGAAUCCUAGAACACGACACACGGUUAAAAUUCCAACGAUUGGCUAUAGAAGACACAAGAGUUGCCUUUUAGUCCCUUUCCAAAAUAUUAAAUUUAAAUCUACUGUGAACAAAAGAAAAUGCUGGCCCAGACCACAUUCGUUCAAACACGGCAGAUGCAGUGAAUAGCUACGGGGAAAAUGUGGUCCUAGGCCACAUAUGCACCUAAAAAAAUGAACCUCCCCCUAGCCAAGCACGGGAUAGCUGUAACCACCACACAAGCUGGAAUAUUGUGGUCCGAUCUGUGGGGUGUUCAUUACUGUCACGAGGAACUUAGCUGCUGCGGGCUACCGGGCGCGUCCACAGCUUGCGGAUAGUGCAAUGCUCUAUCCGGAGUAGCUAUAACUGCAGUCGCGGACAAUCAGCAGUAUCGAGUGGAGUCUCAGUGAGAGGUCGGGUGGCACCGGCUCUUGCACAAAUACUGAGUACCUACGAUGCUCGAUGUGACAAGGCGAGUUAUUGGCGCCUUUCAAUAACCAAUGGCCACUCUGUUCCCACGGCGAUAGGUCCUUUGGACCGGAACGAGCUUGCUCACCAACAGGAGCUUAACGAGAAUCGCCAUCUUCACAUGAAAAUGUGGUUAAAACGACAACAACAACCUCCCCCCUGAGUAGGAAACGGGAUGUGUCCUGAUUGUGACCGGGCACCCCACCUGCCAGAUGUAGAUCCACCGCAUCUUAGUCAAGUUCCACGAUAUGGAACCAAGCAAACGAAAUAUGAACAUAACACGCUGCUACAACAACAAAAUUCUAAGUGUGAAGAGUUACUGCCUUGUUUAUUUGGAAUCUCCUACAACAAAAGCAUCGUCGUUUGCUGGUUUUCUUCGACCAUUUUUCAGACAUCGGAAACAAAAACAGUAUCUGGAGACAAAUAGAGGACUUUCGUCAUUUAUUUUACUACUAGCUGAAGUAAUUUAAUCUAGGCCAAAUGUCUUUAGAGCCGCAAAUGACAUCUAUAACUUCAGCAAUAAUAAAUUAUAAUUGUUAGUGACUUGCCCGGAAACCGCUGAGCGACGAAUGGCUCUCUUUCUUCUAUCUCUCAGCGUGUUCAAUAAUUCGACGGUUGAACAACCUGACAAAUCAUUUUUGACUAGACACUGGUACGCUGUCAAAGGCGAAUGAGUUGCUAUUAAACCUUUUUCCGGUUUUUGAUUGUCAUCCUCAUAUUAGUGACGAGAAUUUUUAAUAGCCUUGUUUUUCCUAAACCCAACCUUUUAGAUGUAGCAAGCCUUUGGUAACCUACUAGCAGUAACAGUUGAUGAAAUUUCAGUUUCAUGCCAAUUAUUUUUAUACCCUCCACCAUAGGAUGGGGGUAUACUAAUUUCGUCAUUCUAUUUGUAACUCCUCGAAAUACUCGUCUUAGAACCCGUAAAGUAUUUAUAUUCUUGAUCGUCAUGUCAUUUUAAGUCGAUCUAGCCAUGCCCGUCCGUCUUUCUGUCGAAAGCGCGCUAAUUUUGCACAAAUACUUCUUAUUAGUGUAGGUCGGUUGGGAUACUAAAUGGGUCAUAUCGAUCCAUGUUUUGAUAUAGCUGCCAUAUAAACCGAUCUUGGAUCUUGACUUUUUUAACCCACUAGAGGUCGCAAUUCUUAUCCGAUUUGGCUGAAAUUUCGCAUGAGGUGUUGUAUUAUGACUUUCAACAUACGUGCUCAGUAUGGUUGAAAUCGUUCAAUAACCUGAUAUAGCUGUCAUAUAAACCUAUGUGGGGUCUUCAUUCUUGAGCCUGCAGAGGGCGUAAUUAUUAUCCGAUUUGGCUGAAAUUUUGUAUAAC